AUGGGUGAUACUAUAGAUUGCAUCGACAUCUAUAAACAACCUUCUUUUGAUCAUCCAUUACUUAAAAAUCAUAAGAUUCAGGUACAUGGAAGAAUAUCACCACCAUUCACAUACUUCCUAAUGGCAUCUGAUUUGCAAUCUUUUAUGAAACCAAGUUAUUCUAUUCGAAAAGAAAACAUGAGUAAUAUGGAUUCAUCAGUCACAAAAGCUUCAUCGGAACAUAUUAAUGAGCUUGGCAAAGAAAUUAUGUGUCCGAUUGGAACAGUCCCUAUUCGAAGGACCACAAAGCGGGAACUAAUCUUUUCAAAUCUUUUAAGAAAGAGUAAACAAAAUCAUACAAAUGAUGAGACCCUCCGGCGCAUGUAUCAUCACUAUGUAUCUGUAGAAACACCACUGAACACAUGUACGAUAUAUCAUGGAGUUAUAGAUAGCUUUGGAAUUCAUACUCCAUCUAUAAAUCCGGAUCAAUAUAGUACAUCUCAAAUGUGGAUUCAAAAUGGGGAGGCAGAAGAAACAAAUAGCAUUGAAGGAGGAUGGGUUGUAUACCCGGAACUUUUUGGUGAUCAUGCUACCAGAUUUUUUACCCAUUGGACAGCUGAUGGAUAUAGAAACACAGCCUAUGGAACAAAAGUAUUGUUAACUGUGAAUAUGGAUGAAGAUACUCGUUAUUGGUGGAUUUAUAUUGGUGAUGACCAAAGAGAGCCCAUUGGGUACUGGCCAAGUGAAAUAUUCACUUAUCUUCGAGCUGCCUCAUUAAUCAGAUUUGGUGGAAUAGCGGGUGCAAGGACAAAUACACCAAGCCCGCCUAUGGGAACCGGAAAUUUACCAACAAAAGAUUAUAAAAUGGAAUCAACUGGUUUUACGCGAUUUUUACAAGUCGUUAUAAACGGAGACACAAGUUACUUUGGUAAUUUUGAAGUAACACAGAAAGAUACAAGUGCUAAGUGUUAUGACAUUAUCUUUCGCAAAUAUGGUUUUUGGGAAAGACGUAAAUAUGGGUAUAAUUCAAUGAUAUAUGGGGGUCCUGGUGGUAAUUGUAUCUGA